ACUGGCCCACAAUUCUUGUUUCUCAACCAAUUCCUCUCCAGUUGAUCAUCAGGUGUUCUCGAGUCCGAUAGCUCACCCACUAGUCUGAUAGUGAUACUGCGAACUAACCUCUGGGAUCAUCAGGUGUAGCUAUGCGCAGCCUACAGCUAGGCAGUAUCAUGGCAUGCCUACUACUGUAUCUGGCUCCAUUGCUGCUGCUGCUGGUGAUGACGGUGAACUGUGGACAGGCUAUGGCCUCACCAACACCAGUGGUGCCGGAUGAUGGCGAUACACCAGCUGCGAUGGUCACUGAAGACACCAGCUGCAUGACGGAAUGGCUACUGAUUGCCAACUCCAGUCGUGCAAGAGCUCUCACCAUUCCCAACACACCAGCUGCCAUUCAAGCAAUGUUAGAUGAGAAGGUUGUCAAGCACCAAGAGCAAUUCUUCUUAAGUCUCCUCUUGGGUUACGCACCGCAGCUUGCAGCAGACCUCAAACACUGCAUCCAUCGAACGCCAGAGUGCCCCACAGCUGACUUAACAAGGCGUCUACCUUGCUCAGUCUCUGGAGAAUGUGUGUUCAACACUACACAGCAAUCUGCUGUUUGUGUUUGUCCAGCUGGACUGACUGGAAGGAGGUGUGAUGCAGACAUAGAUGAGUGUAGUCGACCAGACUUGAACAACUGUGACCAACCAGCUGUAGCCUUUUGCAUCAACAGUUAUGGAUCAUUUGGGUGUGAGUGCAACACGGGGUUCAAAGGCGAUGGACGCUUGUGUAAUGAUCUAGAUGAAUGUACAGCUGGUGUACAUGAGUGUAAUGAACAUGCAAUGUGUAAUAACACUGUAGGAUCAUACUCUUGUUACUGUCAAUCUGGAUACAAGGGAGAUGGUACUAACUGCCAAGUUGAUCUCUGCGGAUCAUCUGCAAACAGCGAGCUUUGCUACCAAAUCGAAGCGGUUAAAACCUACAACAAGCAGCUGGAAGAGAAACUGGAAGAAAGGGAUCUCCAAAUCAAUAAACUACUCUCCGACAUGAAAGUACUGACAACCAUAUUUGUCCAGCAGAAGACGAAGGUGGAUCAAAUGGAAAUUCAGAACAAGGUUAAACUCCUCUCCAUUAAGGAGGAGAUGACGUCAUUGAACUUAUCUCAGCAAGCACAGGAGAAGAAGACCACACAAAAUUUCAGGGCCAUCCAGCAACAUUCUGCUAAGCACUUUGAAUCAAUCAAUACCACUUUGCAGGAAGAAGGGCAAAGGACAAAGCAACACCUCAGGAACAUGCAGCUACAUUCUGCUCAACAGUUUGCUGCAAUCAAUGCCACUUUCACGGAGGAAGGACAGAAGACGAAGCACCAUCUCAAGUCAAUGAAGCAACAUUCUGUUGAGCAGAUUGCAUCAUUAAAUGCUACUCUGCAGGAGCAAAGAAAGAAGAACACAAUGCAAUUUCUGUCAAUUGAGGACGAUAUGACGUCACUUAAUUCAUCCCUUCAAGCUCAAGACAAGAAAACAACGCAACACUUCAAGUCAAUGAAGCAACAUUCUGUUGAGCAGAUUGCAUUAAUCAAUGCUACUCUGCAGGAGGAAAGACAGAAGUGCGGUAUUGUAUCAUGGAAGACAUUUACAAUGGAGACAUCGAGUAGUGCUAUAAACCCGUUCAGUGGAGUCGUGUUCAACAAGACUAGACCUGACACUGUUAUCAGAGUGGUGUACACAACCUCUAUUGGAUUUCAGCAUGGGAACAAUGCAGCGCAUUGUGUGAAGGUGUCAGUGCGUAUCAACGGCAGAGACUGUUCAGACCCAGCCCCGAUCAGAAGUGGAAGCUUUGGCUCAACAGCCCACUAUCAGGCACAUGCUGGUGUUGUGAGUGGUAUUUGCAAUAUCAACACUUCAGGUCCGCUGUCCUUCUCUACACACAUAGAUGCACAAUGCACUACAACCAACUCUUACCUGGGUUACUACUAUGGUACAGGUACCAUCACAUCCACUCUGCAUAUCGAAGAACUUUGCAAUAACCAACAGAACUAGGUGUUUGCAUCCCCAUGCCCUGACCGCUAUCUUAUCUCUCCCUCUUACCAUCUUUGUAUCAAUCUAGAAGUUUGUACUUGUCUUUGGUAGUCACCCUGGAGCUGGAAACACGGCGUUAGAACACUCAACUUUUUAAAGGUGUACUGAAGAAGCUACUUUUACAGGCAGAUAUGAGCACACAAGUACAGAAAAGAUCUAUUACUUGUACUAGUACAGUAUACUCUUUGUCUUUUCUUUUUAACACUCAACUUGUUUCCUGUUUCUUCUACAGCUUACUCCAUCGUUUGAACUUUCUUUCUAUCCAUCCACUCUAUCCUCCCCCACAGUUUAGGAGGCGCAUGUGACGCCUGAUCAUGGGGUGGUGGCGUCCCACGGAAGCGGAAAGGUGGUUCUUGACCCGGGAGUUGUACGACUCCUUGUUCUUGACCUGCCCGGUACGUGAACCCGUCGAAUUUUUUUGUAUCCAUCCACUCUAUCCUAUCCAUUCUAACCAGCCUCCACUUGCCAAGUUGGAUCUUUACUGAAACUUCUCCUGUUCAUUCUAUUAUCUUUCCCGUACCAACACCGAACAGCACGAGUACAUGUACUUGUAUGCAUUUUUGUAUAUAUGUUCCUCUACGUCUCGACAAUACCUGCAAUCAGUUUCAAAUGCAUCUACAUGUACAUGUAUGCUGCCAGUGUGAAAUACCGUAUUUCGUAAUGAAUACGAUGAACUCUAUGCCUUUCUAUUUCGGCUAUCAUACAAUUAUUGUUCUGUAGUCACUGUAGAAACGUGUUUAGUCCUUCACUGCCCCAUUUCAAAUACAUGUAGAUCUCUUCCAAAUAUGCACCCAUGCGGGCGUCAUCAGCUGUUUUACGUUUCUCUGUCCUAAUCUUCAUGUAAUUUUCAGUUUCCAGAAGAACUGUUUACAAAGUAAGAUUCACAGUGGA